AUGCACCAAGCGGAGGAAGACCUGGAGAUGCAGGAGGUGGCAAGCGGCCUCAGCUCCGACGAAGAGAGCAAGGACGAGAGGUUGCCGAGGAGUAUCUCCCACCAGAUCUCCACCGAUGAUGAGGGAGACGACUACCUCUCUGACGACGCACAGAACCAACUUCUAUUGCCGUGUGAUGGGCUGCUGGAGAGCAUAUCCGAGCAGGGCUACAACAUCGGAUGGCGCGACCUGAGCUACACUGCCCAGGCGCGCCGUCUCACCAAGGAGCCGCCCUUCAUCGUCUUCCGGAAGGGCACCGCCAAGAAGCUCCUCGACAACCUCGAAGGCUUUGCCGCUGCCGGCAGGCUGCUGGCGAUCAUGGGACCGUCGGGUUGCGGCAAGACCACCUUUCUUGACUUGCUGGCCGGGCGGGUGAGCUCUGGCGUUGUCGAGGGCCAGAUCACUGUGAACGGGCAGCCAAAAAGCAAGCGCACCAAGCGACUGAUGGCCUACGUGAUGCAGGAGGACACGCUGAUCGGAGACCUCUCGGUGAGGAGCAAUCUGUACUAUUCCGCGCUGCUUCGUCUACCCCGCUCCAUGCCUCUCAAGGAGAAGAAGAAAAAGGUGGAGCAAGUGAUCGAAGAACUGGGCUUGUCCGACUGCGCCAACACAAUUGUUGGCACUCCACUCAGGAGGGGCAUCUCUGGCGGGCAGCGGAGACGAGUGUCCAUCGGAAUGGAAUUGAUCACCGACCCCAGCAUUCUGCUCCUGGACGAGCCCACGUCGGGCCUCGACAGCAAGAGCGCGGCGAGCGUCGUUGAGAUCCUGCUCAAGCUGGCCCGCGAUCGCAACCGUACCAUCAUCUGCACCAUCCACUCGCCCAGCUCGCACAUCUUCCAGAUGUUCGACGAUCUCAUGGUACCGCAGCACACCAAUCCGGCUGACCACUUCCUCGACCUCAUCAACUACGACUUCUCCGGCUCUGGCGAGAUACCACACCACGUGCAGAAGCUGGUCGACAAUUUUCCCAACUCGAAGGCGGCCCAGUGCAAUCGAAAGAGGAUCGAUCGCACCGGCGAAGAAGCGUUCAUCGAGCGUACCCGACAGCUCGCCAAGUCGCUCAAGGGCAAAUACGCCAACGGCACGUGGUAUCAAACGCUUGUGUUGAUGCGGCGCACGUUUGUCGUGUUCCUCAAGAACCCAGCGAUAUACUGGGCUCGCAUUGCCAUGUACUUUAUGCUGGCCCUCAUGAUGGGCACCCUGUUCUUCCAGAUCUCGGACAAGCAGGACUCGAUCCAGGACAGGAUAUCGGUGCUCUUCUUCUCCGUGGCUUUCCUCACCUUCAUGUCCAUCGCCGCCGUGCCCGCCUUCAUCGAGGACAAGCUCCUCUUCGUUCGAGAGCGAAUGAACGGAGCCUACAGGGUGAGCGCGUACGCGAUGGCGCAAACGCUGAUCAGCAUCCCGUUCAUUGUCGCGAUCGCGCUCAUCUUCUCGGGGACGGCCUACUUCCUGGUGGGCCUCAAGUCCAGCGGAUUCGGCCACUUCCUGCUCGACCUGAGCCUCGCUCUCAUGGUCGCCGAGGCCAUGGUGGUCACUGUGAGCGCGUUGGUGCCGCACCUGAUCAUCGGUCUGGCUGUCGGCGCGGGCUUCUACGGCAUGUUCAUGUUGGCCUGCGGCUUCUUCGUCAAGGCCAGCAACAUCCCUGGGUGGUGGAUCUGGCUUCACUACAUCUCCUUCCACAAAUACGCCUUCGAGAUAUUUAUGUACAAUGAGUUCAAGGGCCAGACCUAUCUGUGCUCGCUGAUGGGCAAUGGCACCUACUUCUGCGCCUACCCCAACGUCUCGGACCACCCGUCACUCCAAUGA